GCAUAUAAGGAAUGCAUGCAAACACGUCUUAUAGCCAACUGUGCUCUGCUCUCUCAUACCAGUCUCUCUCUGUUUGGUGAUUUUAUAGCACCUGCUUCUGUGGUAGAUCUUCCAACAGAGGAGGAGUGGGCAAUGGGAAAGAAACUCGAUGCUCUACUUGGUAGAUCAACCUUCAAGCCUUACAAGUUCAAUGCCCUUGUCACUCUUGCUCUCUCGCGCCUUGCCGUCUUGAAAAACCAGCGCCAGGUCCGCUACAAUCAAGCCAGGUCUGACGUCAUUAAGCUCCUCGAAAUCAGCCAUCAUGAACGCGCUCUUCUUCGAGUUGAGCAAUUGAUCAAGGAGCAGAAUAUGUUGGAUGUGUAUACGAUGAUGGAGAGUUAUUGCAGUCUGUUGAUUGAGAGGCUGAGCCUUAUUGAACAAGAGAGAGUAUGUCCUGAUGAACUCAAAGAGGCAAUAGCCAGCUUGCUUUAUGCAUCUUCUAGAUGUGGGGAUUUCCCAGAGCUUCAAGAGAUUCGUGCAGUUUUCACCACUCGCUAUGGCAAGGAAUUUGUUACUAAUGCCAUUGAAUUGCGUAACAAUUGCAGAGUGAAUCCUAAGAUGAUACAAAAGCUGUCGACCAGGCAACCGGGCUUGGAGAACAGAAUGAUGUUGCUCAAGGAAAUUGCUUCUGAGAAGAGAAUUACUCUACAGUUUGAGGAAGCUUCCUCUGUGUCCACCAAGGAAAAACUGGGUGAAAACAAUAAUCAAAACCAGCCUGACCAAUAUAAAUCAACUAAUUCAGGCAGCAGCAAGUUGGGUGACGAUUUGCAGAAUUUACCGGAAGCAAUACUAAAUGAUGGAUUCUCAGAUUCAAUGAAGACAAGGAAGAAAUAUAGGGAUGUAGCAGACGCAGCUCAAGCAGCUUUUAAGUCAGCUGCGUAUGCAGCUGAGGCUGCAAGAGCAGCAGUAGAACUCUCUCGAACAGACAAUAAUUCUGACGAUCAGAACAGCCCCAAUAUUCGGAGAAGAAAUGCAUCUGAUGGAGAUGAGGCUUUUGGAGUGGAAUCUAAUGAGGAAAAUGGUGUAAUCCAAAAUGAAAAUCAAGCAGGACAAAAGGAGGACAAGACUGCAGCAGUAGUGAAGAGGUCAAUGUCUGCGUCAAGUUCAGAUUCAGCACAAGAGAAUGUGACGGAAACCAUAACAUCACCGGAGGUUGAUGUUGUAGCCAAGCUCUUGGAAAAGGAGAUAGUGUUUGACGAGAGUGAUGAUGAGGUCCAGCAUACAAAGAAUUCUAGUUCGGCAAAGGAAAACCCUACAAGCAUUCGAGCUGUUCAAAUGGUGGAAUCUGGGGCUGGACAACACUGGUCACAUGGCACUGAAUACCCAGGUGCAAUGAAUACACAGCCCUUAAACAAAGAGAAGCGACCAUUUUCCCUAAGGACCAGAAAAACUCCGAGGAACUAAGAUUUAUAGAUCAUUAUUUUGUUAUUUUCCAAAAGUUUUGUGGUUAUGCCUGAUAAACACAUGCUGAGUAUAUGCAAAAAAUUUGUUUCUUCA